GAAACGAAGGUAUAUGUCCCAGAGCAGAGUCCCAUUCAGUCCAACUGUGUGCGAGCAACGAGUGGAAAAUGAAGCACUUUCUAAAUGUUCUGUUGCUCACUGCAGCGACUCUGAUAAUCAACACAACUGGACAACAAACAUACAAAACACUGAGCCAGGAGGAGAAGAAAUAUGUGGACAUGGCUAUCAUACAUGCCAAUAAGCAAUACAAGAUGAGGGGAGAACACAUGAAUUACAUGACAACGCUUGGAGAACCCGUGGUAAGGACCCUGUUUUGCUAAUAUGGUCAUAAGUGUAUUAAUUAAAACUACAGUCUGGGAUUUGGAAAGAUGUUCAAUGGUAAUUUGAGAGGGGUUACGUUUGCCUAACCCCAUCCCUCACUUGUAUACCAAAACAAGUGGCAGGGACCUCAUUUUGUUGUUUUUCAAAUCCCAGAAUGGAGCUUUAUUACACGGUUUUACACCAUUGUCCCCCGUCAGGUGAUAAUUACAAACAAUUUUGGAACGUUUUUACAUACAGAAACAGUGUUUUACAGGAAUAUAAAACAAGUUUAACAACAGUGGCACUGCCAUUUCUCUCUGUAUUUGUCGGUCUCUUUCAAAAGCACCUUUCUUCUGUCUGUUACAGUUCAAACCACACUACACCUUAUUCAACAUGCUCCUGAAGUCAACAACUUGUACCAUGGCCAACGGAGCAAGUGAAUACAAACAUCGCCCUGAAUGCAUGUUUAAAUCCGGAAGGGUAAGUAACAAAAACAGAUUCUUCUUGAAAGAGCUAAUCCCUGUAUACUCUGGGGUUGUAAAGAAAUACUUUGGGAUUGAUUCCUGUAUGGCUCAGUUGGUGGGGCAUGGCGCUUGCAACGCCAGGAUUGUGGGUUUGAUUCCUGGGGCUGCCCAUACAAAAUAAUGUAUACACACGUGACUGUAAAUUGCUCUGGAUAAAAGCGUCUGCUAAAUUGCAUGUAUUGUAAUUCUACUCAAGGAUGUACAAUGUAUUUUACAAAAAAACAAAUAUGUUUUAAAAGUGUGUGUGGAUAUUUGCAUGAUUGCACAUUUUGAAAGAGUUGAAAGUUGAAAGUCUAUGGUGAGAAGGUUUUGAUGUCUGAAGAAUUGUUGAUACGUAGAUAUGUUUUCUUCUGUCCUGCAGCCCUACAUCAACUGUCUCGUUUGCAAGACUCUGGCUUCAGACACGGUCUUCAUUGACUGUAUUAGAAACGACGCUGUGUCUAUGGUAUAUGCAUCACUAUCUAACCCACUGCACACACACUGGUUGAAUCAACGCUGUUUCCAUAUAAUUUCAAUGAAAUUAUGUUGAACCAACGUGGAAUAAACGUUGAAUUGACGUCUGUGCCCAGUGGGUAUAGUCUAGCACUGAGAGAGCAAUAUCACUAUUUCUAAAACAAGCCAUAUAAAGUUGGUUGCAAUUUCAAUUUAAUCCUCCAGAAAUGACAGAACAAAUAAUGCAACAAAUAUUGUUGUUAAACUCAAAUAUACUAACUGAUAAAAAAAACAUUAUAAAAAAAUAAAGUAAAAUAAAAUGUAUAAUCUUCUUAAAUAAUAUCAUAGGUAAGACUGGUGGAGUUUUAUCGCACAUGCAGCUAACAAAAACAUAUGGAAAUGUCUGCUCUAACCAAAUAAUUGCAGCAUUACUGCAAAAAUGAAAGAGGAAAGCGGAAGGGGGAAAAGUAAGGAACUUGUCUGUCGGCCCUGCAUUAAAGACCAUAAUUGGUUAAAGAAAAUUGUGAUAAAUAAAAAAGUAUACCAGUUUCAUUUAAGGACCAAAGGAUUGACAGCCGUCCCAUAUAGAUUGCAAAAUAGUUGGGAAGAGAUUUUUGACGUACCGAUUCCAUGGCAUAGUGUUUAUGAACUGAUAUGCAAAACGACGCCGGAUUCAAAACUUAUAAUUGUUCAAUUUAAAUUAUUAUAAGAAGUUCUUGCUACCAAUAGAAUGUUAUUUAUAUGGGGGAUAGAAUCUUCUCAGCUCUGCAGAUUUUGCUGCAAAGAGAAAGAAUCAUUAGAUAAUUUGUUUUGGUAAUGUCCAUUUGUAGCUUGUUUUUGGUCACAGAUCCAGGAAUGGCUGAAGGAUUGCAAUAUUUACCUGGAGCCAACCCUGAAGAUAGCACUACUGGGUGAUCUGAAAAGUCAUAGUCAAUCGAUCAAUAACAUAAUACUUUUAGCAAAAAUAUUUAUUUUCAAUUUACAAUCUGUAGAAACAAUGAGAAUAGAAGGGUUCAGAACGUUUGUGAAACAUCACAGUACAGUUGAAAAACAUAUGGCAAAUAGAAAUCCAAUAUGGAUGGUGUUAAGAGAUAGAUGGGAGGUGUUGAAUGGAGCUGAAGGAUGGGACUAAUAACUACUUGCAACAACUAAUAACAACAAGAUAACUAAUGUAAAGCAUACUGUGUCCAUAACAAUUCCUGACAUUUAAACCCUGUAAAAAAUUCCCUGUCUUAGGUCAGUUAGGAUCACCACUUUAUUUUAAGAAUGUGAAAUGUCAGAAUAAUUGCAGAGAGAAUGAUUUAUUUAAGCUUUUAUUUCUUUCAUCACAUUCCCAGUGGGUCAGAAGAUUAAAUACACUCAAUUAGUAUUUUGUAGCAUUGCCUUUAAAUUGUUUAACUUGGGUCAAAUGUUUCGGGUAGCCUUCCACAAGCUUCCCACAAUAAGUUGGGUGAAUUUUGGCCCAUUCCUCCUGACAGAGCUGGUGUAACUGAGUCAGGUUUGUAGGCCUCCUUGCUCGCACAUGCUUUUUCAGUUCUGCCCACAAAUGUUUUAUAGGAUUGAGGUCAGGAAUUUGUGAUGGCCACUCCAAUACCUUGACUUUGUUGUCCUUAAGCCAUUUUGCCACAACUUUGGAAGUAUGCUUGGGGUCAUUGUCCAUUUGGAAGACCCAUUUGCGACCAAGCUUUAACUUCCUGAUUGAUGUCUUCAAUAUAUCCACAUAAUUUUCCUUCCUCAUGUUGCCAUCUAUUUUGUGAAGUGCACCAGUCCCUCUUGCAGCAAAGCACCCCCACAGCUAUUUGUUUCAUCAGACCAGAGGACAUUUCCAUGUGCAGUUGCAAACCGUAGUCUUGCUUUUUUAUGGCGUUUUUUUAGCAGUGGCUUCUUCCUUGCUGAGCGGCCUUUCAGGUUAUGUCGAUAUAGGACUCGUUUUACUGUGGAUAUAGAUAUUUUUGUACCUGUUUCCUCCAGCAUCUUCACAAGGUCCUUUGCUGUUGUUCUGGGAUUGAUUUGCACUUUUCGCACAAAAGUACAUUAAUCUCUAGGAGACAGAACGCGUCUCCUUCCUGAGCGGUAUGACAGCUGCAUGGUCCCAUGGUGUUUAUACUUGCGUACUAUUGUUUGUACAGAUGAACGUGGUACCUUCAGGUGUUUGGAAAUUGCUUCCAAGGAUGAACCAGACUUGUGGAGGUCUACACUUUUUUUCUGAGGUUUUGGCUGAUUUCUUUUGAUUUUCCCAUGAUGUCAAGCAAAGAGGCACUAAGUUUGAAGGUAGACCUUGAAAUACAUCCACAGGUACACCUCCAAUUGACUCACAUUAUGUAAAUUAGCCUAUCAGAAGCUUCUAAAGCAAUGACAUCAUUUACUGGAAUUUUCCAAGCUGUUUAAAGGCACAGUCAACUUAGUGUAUGUAAACUUCUGACCCACUGGAAUUGUGAUACAGUGAAUUAUAAGUGAAAUAAUCUGUCUGUAAACUAUUGUUGGAAAAAUACUUGUGUCAUGCACAAAGUAGAUGUCCUAACCGACUUGCCAAAACUAUAGUUUGUUAACAAGAAAUUUGUAGAGUGGUUGAAAAACAAGUUUUAAUGACUCCAACCUAAGUGUAUGUAAACUUCCGACUUCAACUGUAUAUAGGGUAUAGGUUGAGAGCUUUUGUGAAAGAACACAGUUAGAAAGAUAUGGCAUAUAGAUGCAAACCGGAUGGACAUCAUGAAAAUGAUCGAGAGGUUGAGGGUAGAGGAAGUUCAGGAGUAAAAACAAACAAAAUAUAAUUAUUGUCAAAUUGACUGUGUCCAUAAAAUGUAUAUAGUAUGUAUAAGCUGGAUGUAGAGGCCUAAACGUUGUUGUUCACUAGUUUACUCCAAUUAGGGGAGGGGUGGUGGGGUUGGAAAGUAAUAAAGGAAAAUAUAUUUUAAAAAAGGACAUGUAUAUAUAUGUAUGUAUAUGUAUUUAUAUGAUGUAUGUGUAUACAGUGGGGAGAACAAGUAUUUGAUACACUGCCGAUUUUGCAGGUUUUCCUACUUACAAAGCAUGUGUCAUGAACCCUGCGUCCUGAGUCUGUUCCUGCCUGUGUUGCCGUUUUUCUGCUCUGAAUCUCCUGUUUCCUGAAGGUUCCUGAACGCACCCUGUCCAGUUGCCGGGCGACGUUGCUAGGCGGGUGAUCUCUCGAUUACCCGCACCUGCUUCUCAUCAGCUUCGGCACACCUGGUCCUGAUCAUCACCCCUUCAUAAGCUCUGAUCUGACAUCCAUUCCCUGCCGGAUCGUUAGCCAUGAACAGCAUGUUUUGUCAGCGUAUCAGCCUCUGAGUUACUAGCGUUAGUUUUGUUGUUUUGCACCUUGUUGGCCUGCCGUGUACUUACCUCCGUUUUUUUUCUGUCUACAGUCAUUCUCCCGGGACCUUCACCCAACCCCUGACUGGUUGUCGGCGGCUGCCGUGCCAUCAUUGGAUCUGCCACUUCACCUCCACCAACUCAUCUCCGCCGCCCGCUCCGUCUCCUGGAUUACUCUGCAUCUUUUUUGAAUCUGUUAAUAAAUACUCACCUUCGUUCAACUCACCUCGUCCUGGUCUGCUUCUGGGUUCUGUCGUAGUGAACCGUGACAGAACGAUCCGGCCAGAAAUGAACCCAGCGGACCUGGAUUCUGUUCGCCAUGCCAUUACCCAUCAGGAAAAGAUGUUGGGACAACACAGCACGGCGCUACAGGAGAUAGCGUUGUCGGUUCUGAACUUUUCUACCAGUCUGACGAAGAUCCAGGCUCAGCUCAGGUUUCACCCCUCUCGCCUGCCGCUUCUGGGGCUGUGCCCUUCCGUGAGCCCCAGGUUCCGACGCCUGAUAAGUAUGAAGGGGAUUUGGGAAGAUGCCAUUCCUUUCUUAUGCAGUGUGGAACAGUGUUCGAUCUACAGCCCCACUCUUACGCCACAGACAAGGCUAGGAUAGCCUUUGUUAUUGAAUUGCUGCGUGGUAGAGCCCUGGAGUGGGCUUCAGCCGUAUGGGAACGACAGGACACCUGCAUGGCGUCAUACCAGGAGUUCACGGCAGAGAUGAGGAAGCUGUUUGACCAUCCAGUCCGAGGUAAGGACGCAGCUAAGCGCCUGUUUUCUCUUCGCCAAGGAGCUCGCAGAGUUGCCGACUUCGUAAUCGAAUUCAGGACAUUGGCUGUGGAGAGUGGGUGGAAUGAAGAGUCAUUGCAAGCGGCCUUUUAUCAGGGGUUGUCGGAGCAACUCAAGGAUGAGUUGAUCUCCUAUCCGGAGCCUAGUGACCUAGACAGUUUGGUAGCCUUUUCUAUUCGGGUGGAUAACAGAGUUCGAGAGAGAAGGAGGGAGAAGCAAUGGGGCCCGUCCAAUCAAUCAGCUUCUCGGUUCCCAGUCGGGUCAGGAGGUGGACCAGAACGCAUCGAUCAUUGUCCACCACACAGGAUUAGUGGAGAGGUCCUGCCUCCAGAUUCUGAACCCAUGCAAGUGGGGCGGCACGGGUUAACCAAGGAGGAGCGCCAACAUCGACGUGAGACCAACCGCUGCCUCUACUGUGGGAGUUCGGGACAUCACAUCUCCACUUGUUCCCAGCGGCCGUCAAACUGCCCGGCUCGCUAAGUUUGGGAGGACUUUUAGCGAGCCGGUUUCAACCUCUCAAUACCCCUGUCAGACCCCGUUUCCCGGCUACCCUCAUGAACAGGAAUCAGAGUUUAGCGAUUAACGCUUUCGUCGAUUCAGGUGCCGAUGGCAGCUUUAUUGAUGCCGACGUGGUGGAACAGCUGGGGCUUCCCAAGGAGCGAUUACCGGAAGCCAUUGAAGCUACCACUCUGAACGGCAGUAGUCUGGCACGUAUCACGAUGAGGACUGAACCGGUUAAGAUGCUGUUGUCAGGGAAUCAUUAUGAGGUUAUCUCAUUCUUCAUUCUGCCUUCUCCCCAUGUUCCUCUGGUCCUUGGUUACCCCUGGCUGAAAGAACACAAUCCCACGUUCGAUUGGGUGACUGGCAAGGUAACUAGUUGGAGCAUUGAUUGUAAUGCUAACUGCCUCAAGACUGCCUGUUCCCAUUCUGUUCCCAGUCAGGUCAUUGAGGCUAACCUGUUCCCGAAACAUAUCACGAUUUGGGGGAAGUGUUCAGUAAGCAGAGGGCUCUGUCACUCCCUCCCCACCGACCAUAUGAUUGUGCCAUAAACCUGUUCCCUGGAGCUGCCUAUCCCAAGGGUACGGUUAUACAGCAUCUCCCGACCUGAACGUGAGGCUUUGGAGACCUACAUAAAGGAGUCCCUAGCUGCUGGUCUCAUUCGUCCCUCGUCAUCACCCCUGGGAUCAGGAUUCUUCUUUGUGAGUAAAAAGGAUGGCUCUGUUCGACCUUGUAUUGAUUAUCGGGGGUUGAAUGAUAUCACGGUCAAGAACAAGUAUCCCCAGCCCUUGAUGAGCUCUGCUUUCGACUCCUUACAGGGUGCUACUGUGUUCACCAAGCUGGACCUACGCAGUGCGUAUCAUCUGGUCCGGAUCAGAGAGGGGGACGAGUGGUUGACUGGUUUCAAUACACCGAUGGGUCAUUUCGAGUAUCAGGUGAUGCCGUUUGGACUGACCAAUGCCCCAGCAGUGUUCCAGAGUAUGGUGAAUGACGUCCUGAGAGAUAUGAUCGGUCUUUUUGUGUUUGUUUACCUGGAUGACAUUCUUAUCUUCUCUAAGGAGCUUUCCAGCCACGUCCAGCAUGUCAAGCAGGUUCUGCAGCGAUUGUUGGAGAAUCGCCUGUUUGUGAAGGCCGAGAAGUGUGAAUUUCACGCCCACACUACAUCCUUCCUCGGGUACAUCAUCUCCAGGGGAGAGAUUAGGAUGGACCAAGAGAAGGUUAGGGCGGUUCUGGAUUGGGCCCAGCCCGGUACGAGAUUGCAGCUCCAGAGGUUUCUGGGGUUGCGAAUUUCUAUCGUAGAUUUAUCCGUGAUUACAGUCGUGUGGCCGCUCCUUUAACUGCCCUGACUUCUAGUACCAGAACAUUCAGUUGGAAUCCUGAGGCGGACCGAGCAUUUCUGGAUUUGAAGAGGCGAUUCACCAACGCUCCGAUUCUCUCUCAACCUGACACUGCCCGUCAGUUUGUCGUUGAAGUGGAUGCGUCUGAUGUGGGGGUUGGCACCAUCCUGUCCCAGCGAUGCUCCACUGACGGUAAACUCCAUCCCUGCGCCUACUACUCUCGUCGUCUUUCGUCUGCGGAGAGGAACUACGAUGUGGGUAACCGGGAGCUCCUCGCGGUGAAACUUGCCUUGGAGGAGUGGCGCCACUGGUUAUAGGGGGCGGAGCAACCGUUUGUUGUCUGGACUGACCACAAGAAUCUUGCUUACGUGAAAUCGGCUAAACGUCUCAACUCCCGUCAGGCCAGGUGGUCGUUGUUUUUUGGACGCUUUAAUUUUUCCUUGACGUUCCGACCGGGGUCUAAGAACGGCAAGGCGGACGCCUUGUCCCGGAUGUUCUCCAAGACGGAGGAGAGUGGGGCCAAGACUGAGAUGAUUCUUCCCCGGAACCUUGUCGUGGGAGCCGUUUUAUGGAGGAUUGAGGAGGAGGUUAUGGCGGCCCUUCGGACGCAGCCCGGCCCCGGUAACGGUCCACCCGGUCGGUUGUUUGUGCCUGAGUCGGUCCGUUCGGCUGUCCUCCAAUGGUCCCACGCCAGCAAGAUGGCUUGUCACCCUGGCGUGGCUCGGACGAUGGCGCUUCUACGCAGGCGAUUUUGGUGGCCUGCCAUGGGAGAAGAUACUCUGAGGUUUGUUGCUGCCUGUCCAGUUUGUGCGCAGAACAAGAGUGCCAAUCGGCCCAGCUCUGGACUUCUUCACCCCCUACCGAUCCCCCGGCGACCAUGGUCGCAUCUGGCCCUGGACUUUGUCACUGGGUUACCCUCUUCUGAGGGGAACACGGUCAUUCUGACUAUUGUGGACAGAUUCAGCAAGUUCGCCCACUUUGUACCCAUCUCCAAGCUUCCCUCUGCCUCUGAGACGUCCAAGAUCCUGGUUAGGGAGGUUUUCAGGGUCCACGGAUUGCCCAGUGACAUAGUUUCCGACCGUGGCCCUCAGUUCACCUCUGCUGUCUGGAAAUCCUUCUGUUUGGCCAUUGGAGCUACAGUCAGUCUCACAUCUGGAUUUCACCCCCAAUCUAAUGGACAGGCGGAGAGAGCCAACCAGAAGAUGGAAUCCAUGCUGCUCUGCCUUUUUUCCAACCCCACCUCUUGGGUCUCUCAGUUGCCUUGGGUUGAGUAUGCCCACAAUACUCUCCCUACUUCUGCCACUGGGAUGUCUCCCUUCCAGUGCCUAUACGGCUUCCAACCCCCCUUGUUUCCUUCUCAGGAGAGGGAUCUCUCGGUUCCCUCUGUCCAGGCCCACAUUCGUCGUUGCCACCGGACCUGGCAUCGGGCCAGAAAGGCCCUCCUUAGAGUUUCUGACCGGUAUCAGCUCCAGGCGAAUCGUCGCCGUAUUCCAGCCCCCGCUUAUGCCAUCGGAGAUAGGGUCUGGUUGGCUACACGGGACCUUCCUCUGCGGACUGAGUCAAGGAAACUGUCGCCGAGGUUCAUUGGUCCGUUUGUGGUAGAGCGAGUGAUUAAUCCUGUUGUGGUUCGACUCAAGUUGCCUAGUACGCUCAGAGUCCAGCCCACCUUCCAUGUCUCCUGCCUCAAGCCUGUUCUCCUCAGCCCUCUGUUGCCCCCUCCUCCUCCUCCUCCUCGGAUGAUCGGAGGAGGUCCUGUCUACAUGGUGCGCCGCAUCAUGGAUUCCAGACGGCGGGGCCGGGGUUUCCAGUAUCUCGUGGACUGGGAGGGGUAUGGUCGGAGGUGCCAUCAUUGGAUCUGCCACUUCACCUCCACCAACUCAUCUCCGCCGCCCGCUCCGUCUCCUGGAUUACUCUGCAUCUUUUUUGAAUCUGUUAAUAAAUACUCACCUUCGUUCAACUCACCUCGUCCUGGUCUGCUUCUGGGUUCUGUCGUAGUGAACCGUGACAGCAUGUAGAGGUCUGUAAUUUUUAUCAUAGGUACACUUCAACUGUGAGAGACGGAAUCUAAAACAAAAAUCCAGAAAAUCACAUUGUAUGAUUUUUAAGUAAUUAAUUUAGCAUUUUAUUGCAUGAUGACAUAAGUAUUUGAUCACCUACCAACCAGUAAGAAUUCUGGCACUCACAGACCUGUUAGUUUUUCUUUAAGAAGCCCUCCUGUUCUCUACUCAUUAACUGCACCUGUUUGAACUCGUUACCUGUAUAAAAGACACCUGUCCACACACUCAAUCAAACAGACUCCAACCUCUCCACAAUGGCCAAGGCCAGAGAGCUGUGUAAGGACAUCAGGGAUACAAUUGUAGACCUGCACAAGGCUGGGAUGGGCUACAGGACAAUAGGCAAGCAGCUUGUUGGGAAGGCAACAACUGUUGGCGCAAUUAUUAGAAAAUGGAAGAAGUUCAAGAUGACGGUCAAUCAUCCUCGGUCUGGGGCUCCAUGCAAGAUCUCACCUCGUGGGGCAUCAAUGAUCAUGAGGAAGGUGAGGGAUCAGUCCAGAACUACACGGCAGGACCUGGUCAAUGACCUGAAGAGAGCUGGGACCACAGUCUCAAAGAAAACCAUUAGUAACACACUACGCCGUCAUGGAUUAAAAUCCUGCAGCGCACGCAAGGUCCCCCUGCUCAAGCCAGCGCAUGUCCAGGCCCGUCUGAAGUUUGCCAAUGACCAUCUGGAUGAUCCAUAGGAGGAAUGGGAGAAGGUAAUGUGGUCUGAUGAGACAAAAAUAGAGCUUUUUGGUCUAAACUCCACUCGCCGUGUUUGGAGGAAGAAGAAGGAUGAGUACAACCCCAAAAACACCAUCCCAACCGUGAAGCAUGGAGGUGGAAACAUCAUUCUUUGGGGAUGCUUUUCUGCAAAGGGGACAGGACGACUGCACCGUAUUGAGGGGAGGAUGGAUGGGGCCAUGUAUCGCGAGAUCUUGGCCAACAACCUCCUUCCCUCAGUAAGAGCAUUGAAGAUGGGUCGUGGCUGGGUCUUCCAGCAUGACAACGACCCGAAACACACAGCCAGGGCAACUAAGCAGUGGCUCCGUAAGAAGCAUCUCAAGGUCCUGGAGUGGCCUAGCCAGUCUCCAGACCUGAACCGAAUAGAACAUCUUUGGAGGGAGCUGAAAGUCCGUAUUGCCCAGCGACAGCCCCGAAACCUGAAGGAUCUGGAGAAGGUCUGUAUGGAGGAGUGGGCCAAAAUCCCUGCUGCAGUGUGUGCAAAAUUACAGACCUCUACAUGCUUUGUAAGUAGGAAAACCUGCAAAAUCGGCAGUGUAUCAAAUACUUGUUCUCCCCACUGUAUGUAUGUGUAUGUAUGUAUAUGUAUAUAGAUAUAUUUGCGGGAAAAAAACAACAUAUGGGGGAUUGGAAGUGAUGCAGACAAUUACAUUGAUGGAAGUUACAAUAUAUCUGCAAUAUUAAAGCUGAUCUACCCCCUAAAAAAUAAAUACAUAAAACAAAAAAUAAAAAUAAGGGGAAAAUAUACUAAACAAAUAGAAAAAUAUAUAAAAAAUUAUAAGAGAGCAAUACUUAUUUAUUAUCACUGCAUUAUAUUUAUGUUAAACAUCCUCUCUAAACAUAUUCACCUGCUGUCCCUUUCAGGUUGCAUCGCAACGGAGCAUUUCAUGCAGAGAAUUCCUCCCUGGGUCGGAUAUCAUAUUGGCAGGCAUCCAUGAAAGUAUCGAAGUAACGCAGUUGAGAACUUCACUGGACGAAAUUAUAUAAUUCUGUGAUUAUGGGUUUUAGUUUCACAAAGCCAUUGUAGAACUGAACCAGUUUUUACAAAUCAUCUUCAUUAUUAAAAGUAAAUAGAUCAAUAUUUACUGUGCUACACAAACACUGUAGACAUAUUUCACAGCUGUAUGUACGGUAUUAUGUAGAAAUGUAGGCCUACCAAAAUGUCUUUGGAGAAAAGCUGAUGAGUAGAAAAGCUAUUGCAAUAAAGAUGGUUGAGAAUUUACAAGCAAAUCUAAUCAUUUCAUUAACUGUUGGAAUUUAAUAAAAUAUUACAUCAUUUAUGUCAUUAUAUGUUUCCAUAUUAACUUGUUUUGACAGUAGGCCUACUGUAGAUGUUUUCUUAAAGGCAGUGUCUCCCUGUUCAUCAGAAUUCAUGACCACAGAGUAGAUUAGAUCAGUUGAGAAUUUACAGCACACAAUGACUCCCUCGAUAAGGAACUAGCUGUAUAAAUUCUCUAAUACCUUUCUGGAGACCAAAUUGGGAAAUAACCUAUCCAUCUGGAUGAUUCUGUGGCGUAGUCCUAGAGAGAGGCAAUGGGAUACUCUCAAAGGUAAACUACAGUAUAAAGCAAACUACAAUUUCUACUAAACCAUACGUUUUGAGGAUCACGACAAUGUGUUAUGGUAAUCUUUUGAUCACUGUGAAAAGAAUAAUCAAGAUUUUCAAUAAAGACGAACGAUUUGAACUCGA